AUGGGCGCUGGCGGACCCAGGCCAGGUGUGGGCCCCCCAGACGGCGGCUGGGGCUGGGUGGUGCUGGUCGCCUGCUUCGUGGUCACGGGCUUUGCCUAUGGCUUUCCCAAGGCCGUGAGCGUCUUCUUCCGCGCGCUCAUGCGCGACUUUGGCGCUGGCUACAGCGACACGGCCUGGGUGUCCUCCAUCAUGCUGGCCAUGCUCUACGGAACCGGCCCCGUGUCCAGCAUUCUUGUGACUCGCUUUGGCUGUCGCCCGGUGAUGCUGGCGGGUGGGCUUCUGGCCUCAGCGGGCAUGAUCUUGGCUUCCUUCGCCACGCGCCUGCUGGAGCUGUACCUGACGGCCGGGGUGCUCACAGGCCUGGGCCUGGCCCUCAACUUCCAGCCGUCGCUCAUCAUGCUGGGGCUGUACUUUGAGCGGCGGCGGCCUCUGGCCAACGGGCUGGCGGCGGCGGGCAGCCCCGUGUUCCUGUCUGCGUUGUCGCCGCUCGGCCAGCUGCUGCUCGAGCUCUUCGGCUGGCGCGGCGGCUUCCUGCUGUUCGGCGGCCUCCUGCUGCACUGCUGCGCCUGCGGAGCUGUCAUGCGGCCCCCGCCCGGGCCCGGGCCCCGGCCACGUGCAGACCGCGAGGAGGACUGCGCGGGGGACGCCCCCGGAGAGGCGGAGGCGGAUGCCGAGGGCACGAGGCUGCGGUUGCGCGAGGCGCCCCCUAGCGGCCGGGCCCGCCGGCGCCUGCUGGACGUGGCCGUCUGCACCGAUCGUGCCUUCAUCGUGUACGUGGUCACCAAGUUCCUGAUGGCGCUCGGGCUCUUCGUGCCUGCCAUUCUGCUGGUGAACUACGCUAAGGACGCGGGUGUGCCUGACACCGAGGCCGCCUUCCUGCUGUCCAUUGUGGGCUUUGUGGACAUCGUGGCGCGGCCAGCGUGCGGAGCCCUCGCGGGUCUGGCGCGCCUGAGACCACACGUCCCCUACCUCUUCAGCCUGGCUCUACUGGCCAACGGGAUUACCGAUCUGAGCAGUGCGCGCGCGCGCUCCUAUGGCACCCUUGUCGCCUUCUGCAUUGCCUUCGGCCUCUCCUAUGGCAUGGUGGGUGCGCUGCAGUUCGAGGUGCUUAUGGCAGCUGUGGGUGCGCCCCGCUUCCCCAGCGCGCUGGGCCUGGUGCUGCUCGUGGAGGCCGUGGCUGUGCUCAUCGGACCGCCUUCUGCAGGCCGCCUGGUGGACGCACUCAAGAACUACGAGAUCAUCUUCUACCUGGCUGGCUCAGAGGUGGCCCUCGCGGGGGUCUUCAUGGCUGUCGCCACCUACUGCUGCCUGCGCCGCUCUCGGGACACCCCACCUGGCCCCACCACUGGGGCCAGUGACACUGAGGACGCUGAGGCGGAGGGGGAACCUGAGCCCCUGCCUCCCGGCACCCAGGAGCCCCGCAGCCUCGAGAGCCUGGAGGUGCCCAGCCCCCGGGCUGGGUCUGUGGGACAGGAGCGGGAGGCAGACCCAGGGCGGAGCCGGGAGUCUGUGUAGCACUGGGCGCGACCCCAGGCUUGCCCUCUCAGAGGGCCUGGUCAGGGUGGUCCCUCCAGGGGGCAAGUUUGGGCUGCAGUUGAUCCCUUGGGUAUCCCAGGAAUGUCCUUCCCGCUGCCGGCCUCUGUCCCCUCGCCAGUGAAGCUGUGUGGACUGACAGGAACUCAAAUUGAUAAAGCUCAGC